AUGGAGAGAGAAGGAAAAGGAAUGGCUGGAAAGCAGACAAUUCAAAUGGGUAUUGAUUUUGACAUCGAGCUCGGGUCUACCCACUACUACGACGAUAUGGCCCGAUACCUGGCAGCGUAUAGCCGCCCAGGGAGGAAAGUGUACUUGACGGCGGCGCCGCAGUGUCCCUUUCCCGACCAACAUUUGGGGGUGGCGCUGAACACCGGCCUUUUCGACUACGUUUGGGUCCAGUUUUACAACAACCCACCUUGUCAGUACGCUUCAGGAAACUUAAAUAAUCUUGUAAAUUCAUGGAAUCGUUGGACGACGUCGGUGAACGCCGGAAAGAUAUUCUUGGGACUGCCGGCGGCGCCGCAAGCAGCCGGAAGUGGGUUUAUUCCGACGAACGUUCUGGUGUCGAACAUCUUGCCGGUGAUAAAGAAGUCACCCAAGUACGGUGGUGUGAUGUUCUGGUCCAAGUACUGGGAUGAACAGACAGGGUACACCACUGCCAUCAAGAGCAGUGUUUAA